AAGUUCUUGAGGCCAGAUCUGGCUCCUAAGAAACACCAAAGGCAGCCCCGCACCAAAGGCCUCUCAGGGCCAUCUCAGAAGCCUGCCUCCCCGCACUGUGUGAGGCAGAAUGGCGGCCCCCAGAGGUACACUUUCUUCAUUGCUGCUGCUGGUGACCAUUGCAGGGUGCGCCUGUACGCAGUGCAGUGAAGGAAGGACAUAUUCCAAUGCAAUCAUUUUACCGAACUUGGAAACUACCAGAAUCAUGCGGGUGCCUCAACCCACCCCGGUGGUAGACUGCACAGCCGCUUGUUGUGACCUGUCCAGCUGUGACCUGGCUUGGUGGUUUGAGGGCCGCUGCUACCUGGUGAGCUGCCCGCACAAAGAGAACUGUGAGCCCAAGAAGAUGGACUCCAUGAGGUCUUAUCUCACCUUUGUGCUCAGGCCUGCCCAGAGGCCCACACAGCUGCUGGACUUUGGGGAGAUGAUGCUCAACAGGGGUGCCCCGUCAGGAAUCUGGGGGGACUCACCUGAGGAUAUCAGAAAGGACUUGCCUUUUCUAGGCAAAGACGGGGGCCUAGAGGAGACGUCUGAGUACUCGGAUGACUAUCGGGAGCUGGAGCAGGACCUCUUCCAGCCCCUCAGCAAGCAGGAGCCCAGAGGGAGUGCCGAGUACACUGACUGGGGCUUGCUGCCAGGUCGCGAGGGACCCGAGGGACGUUUCAACUCCUCUGCUGGAGACAGUCCAGCAGCGUCAGUGGAGAAGCAGCAAGAGGUCUCUGAGCUCCAUUCCCUGGACCCGGAGCUCCAUAAGCUGAAUGAGUCCGCGUGGACCCCAGCCCCAAAACGCUCUCCUGAGAGAAGGGUGUUGCUUCCUUUGGUGACUACUCCAUCUUCAGGAGAAGUAUUGGAGAAAGAGACUUUUCAGCUCCGGGAACAAUCCAACAACAGCUCUGGAAAAGAGGUUCUAAUGCCUUCCCGUAAUCCUCCUCCGGCCAGCCUGGAGUUCAGCCCAGCCACCAUGGAGAAAAGCCCAGUUCUCACUGUCAUCCCACAGAGCACAGAGCAUAGUAUCCCAACCCUUCCUACUAGCAUCAUCGCCGCUGAGUCCACCACACCUGAGCAACCAGUAUCUGCUACCACUGCUCCCAGGACAGUGAAAGAGCUCCUGGUGUCUGCUGGUGAUAACCUUGUGAUAACUUUACCGAAAACUGAAAUUGAACUGAAGGCUUUUGUUGUGCCAGCGCCCCCUGCAGAAACAACCUAUAACUAUGAAUGGAGUUUAAUAAGCCACCCUGUAGACUACCAAGAUGAAAUAAAACAAAGACACACUCAAACUCUUAAUCUCUCUCAAUUGUCAGUAGGAUUUUAUGCCUUCAAAGUGGCGGUUUCUAGUGACAAUGCCUUUGGAGAAGGAUUUGUAAAUGUCACUGUUGAACCAGCCAGAAGAGUCAACCUGCCGCCCGUAGCAGUCGUUUCUCCCCAGAUACAAGAGCUCACUCUGCCUUUGACGUCAGCCCUCAUUGAUGGCAGCCAAAGUACAGAUGAUACUAACAUAGUGAGUUAUCACUGGAAAGAAAUUAACGGGCCCUUAGGAGAAAAGAAGACCUCCGCUGAUUCUCCUGUCUUACAUUUGUCUAACCUUGUUCCUGGAAACUAUACUUUCAGGUUGACUGUUACAGACUCAGAUGGAGCCACUAACUCCACAACUGCAGCCCUAAUAGUCAACAAUCCUGUGGACCAUCCACCAGUUGCCAAUGCGGGACCAAAUCAGACCAUAACUUUGCCCCAAAACUCCAUCACUUUGAAUGGAAACCAGAGCAGUGAUGAUCACCACAUUGUCCUUUAUGAGUGGUCCCUGGGUCCUGGGAGUGAGAGCAAAGAGGUGGCCAUGCAGGGAGUAGAGACCCCAUACCUUCAUUUGUCUGCAAUGAAGGAAGGAGAUUAUACAUUUCAGCUGAUGGUGACAGAUUCUUCAAGGCAACAGUCCACUGCUAUGGUCACUGUGAUUGUCCAGCCUGAAGACAACAGGCCUCCGGUAGCUGUGGCCGGCCCCGAUAAGGAACUUGUCUACCCAGUGGAGAGCACCACCCUGGAUGGGAGCCGGAGCAGUGAUGACCAUGGCGUUGUUUUCUACCACUGGGAGCAUGUCAGAGGCCCCAGUGCAGUGGAGAUGGAAAAUACCGACAAAGCUGUAGCCACUGUAACCGGUCUUCAGGUGGGUACCUACCACUUCCGUUUAACAGUGAAAGACCAGCAGGGACUGGGCAGCACGACCACCCUCACUGUGGCCGUGAAGAAGGAAAAUAAUAGUCCUCCCAGAGCCCAGGCUGGUGGCAGACAUGUUCUUGUGCUUCCCAAUAACUCCAUUACUUUGGAUGGUUCAAGGUCUACUGAUGACCAAGGAAUUGUGUCCUAUCUGUGGAUCCGGGAUGGCCAGAGUCCAGCAGCUGGAGAUGUCAUCGACGGCUCUGACCGCAGUGCAGCCCUGCAGCUGACCAAUCUGGUGGAGGGAGCCUACACUUUCCACUUGCGAGUUGCUGACAGUCAGGGGGCCUCAGACACGGACACUGCCACUGUGGAAGUGCGGCCAGACCCCAGGAAGAGUGGCCUGGUGGAGCUCAUCCUGCAGGUUGGCAUUGCGCAGCUGACGGAGCAGCAGAAGGACACCGUUGUGAGGCAGCUGGCAGUGCUGCUGAACGUGCUGGACUCAGACAUUAAGGUCCAGAAGAUUCAGGCCCACUCGGACCUCAGCACCGUGAUUGUGUUUUAUGUGCAAAGUGGGCCACCUUUCAAGGUCCUCAAAGCUGCUGAAGUAGCGCGAAAUCUGCACAGGCGGCUCUCAAAGGAGAAGACCGAUUUCUUGCUUUUCAAAGUCUUGAGGAUAGACACAGCAGGUUGCCUUCUGAAUUGUUCUGGCCACGGUCACUGUGACCCCAUCACAAAGCGCUGCAUCUGCUCUCAGUUGUGGAUGGAGAACCUGAUACAGCGCUAUAUCCAGGAUGGCGAGAGCAACUGCGAGUGGAGUAUAUUCUAUGUGACAGUGCUGGCUCUCACUCUCGUCGUGCUCACAGGGGGCUUAACUUGGCUUUGCAUCUGCUGCUGCAAGAGACGAAAAAGGACUAAAAUAAGGAAAAAAACAAAGUACACCAUCCUGGAUAAUAUGGAUGACCAGGAAAGAAUGGAGCUGAGGCCCAAAUAUGGCAUUAAGCACCGAAGCACAGAGCACAACUCCAGCCUGAUGGUCUCCGAGUCUGAGUUUGACAGUGAUCAGGACACAAUCUUCAGCCGAGAAAGGAUGGAGAGAGGGAAUCCAAAGGUUUCCAUGAAUGGCUCCCUCAGAAACGGAGCUUCCUUCAGCUGUUGCUCAAAGGACAGAUAAUGGAGCAGCUGUGAAACAGAAGGACCGCCACAGGAAUCCUUCAAUCCAGGACCAGUCGAUAGGAGUUAAAACACAAAGCUAACUCUUGUUAGAACAGCGCAUUAACGUCCUCUCACGCUGGGCUCGGUGUGCGUCCCCAUAUUUUAAAAAGACCUGUUUUGGGAUUUUUGAGACACAAAACAAAACAAAAACCUUGCUCUUUUACCUGGGACACUUGUUAAUAGGAAUAAAGGCUGAGUAAGACGCUAAGGUA